AUGGAUUCAUCACCAAACGCUCAAGAAAAUAACGAUUCUCCAUACGUGAAUGCUGUCUUGAGGUUUGGAAUAGCUAUAGAGCUCAUUUCGCUUUACUAAUUUCAACUGAAUUACUUUCGUUCUUUUUAACGUAGCUUGGAGUCUAGCAAGGUGGUCCCCAAAGAGUCGGAAAUAGGCUCUUCGAGAUGUGGAGUCUGCCUUAUUUGUAUGCCCGCAUUCGGAAUAUCGAUUUUAUAGUAAAAUGGUAGCAAGAUUCGGAAUUGAAAGUAUGCUCGAGAUGCAGGAUCCCGAAAAUAACCAUCAGGAUUACGGGAUUGCGCGAGAUAAGGUUCGGGAUGUGGGUUUCCCUUGUUUGAAGCUCGGGAUUCGGGAUUUAAAGCACAACGAGGGCAAAUUUCGGGAUUAAAAGUAUGCACGGGAUGCGGGAUCCUGAAAAUAACCCUCGGGAUUACGGGCUUGUGCGAGAAUUUGGGGCUGGAUGACAGGAUUGAAGAACCCGAUUGAGUACCCUCCAGCGAGAAUUAACAAUCGAAAUGUCGACAAAUAAACUAGGACUAACUAAACUAAUAACUGCGAUCGCUUUUAAAAAAUAAUGCAUUCGUUCUACCUAUACUAACAUCCAUGCUAGUUCAGUAAAUGAAAAGCGUCGUUAUAAUUAAGGAAAUAGUUAAACCUGUGAUGGAUCUAGACACUUAGUUAAGUGAAGGCCUGACCGCUCAACAGGACCAAGGGGCAGUUUUACGAAAGUUCCGAUAGUUAACUUGCCCGGAAAGAUCGAGUUUUCAAAAGUUUUGCAAAUUAAAAAACUAUCAGUUUACCCAACAAAAUGCACUGGCUUGGUAGCUAUAACUAUUUGCAAAAAUGUUGGGACACUCCGACGAAAAAACAACCUUUCUUAAUGUUUCAAAUCGCUGCUAGUCACAGGUCUGUGAGGUAUAAUACUAACCUCCCUGCUCCCUUCCAUUCAAAGUUGUUCCUCCAAGUUUGAGCCUGUUCUUGUAUUGCUAGCAACUUUGAUAAGGGGUGAAGGGGGAAUCACAAGCACAAUUAAGUUCAUGGACGGGCCAUUUAAGCCAAAAUACGGUACAGUGUCUCAAGUACGUUUGCAACUGGCUGUAGAACCGCGGCUGCUAUUCUUUAGAUGGAGUGUUUUCACAUGACGUCACGGCGGCCAUAUUGGUGUUCCAAAACAAUAAAAUGGCGGCUAUGUUUGUGUACCAAACCAGUCCCGUGGGAGUUGAACUCUUUUCUUAUGCAAACGCUUCUUUUGUUCCAAUAAAUUUGCUUAUUAGAUGCUGACCACGUGAGUGAAAACACUCUAUAAAAACGUAAAGGACCCAAGCCCCCCGAACCGAAACUUUGUCCUAAAUAGCUAAGAGAUUCAUAACUAAUUGAUCGUACACACACUUACAAAGGACUAGUUUGCUUUUACAUGCAACAGAAUGUCCAAGCUGGUUCACAAGAGGCAGAGAUCUCCUUGGCUUUGGAAUGAUGUCAUUUAUAGCUUAACGCCUUCGGGAAGAGAACAUGAUAAAUGCCUUAGGAUUCUUCAUGAUUUCACAAACAAGGUACUUUUUUACUUUACUUUUUAGCAAAUGGCUGGUUUGAAUCAUUGAUGACACAUUGUCAACUCGUCCCACACCUUUAUUUCCCUCAACCAUGUCUUAUAUCUUAGUACCGUAGAUGCUCGAAUAAGCGCCCAUUUGAUUUUUUUGACUCGAGAGGGGGGCGCUGAUUUGAGGGGAGACCCUUAUUAUAUAGACUUGAGUUUUAGUAGCCAAAUUCGCUGUCCUUGUGAGAUGUCAUGCCACAUUCAUUGAAGAUAUACGUACUAAAUCCUAUAUUAAUAUAAACAAUAAGGGGGCGCUUAUAUGUAGUAUCAGAUUUAAAACAGAAAGGUUUUAUGAAUAAUUAUUCUUUCUGGGUGGUAUUUCUUAGCGCGAAACUCCGACACAAAUACCUGGUAGCAGGCGGUCAUAUCAGCUGACUGAAGUAAACUAUUAUAUUCCAUUAGGUCAUUGAUGAGCGAAUCGCUGACCGAGCUGCCAAGAACAACAGUUCACAAAAAGAGGAGGAAGACGGGGAAACCAGUAAAGAAGAGGAUGUGUUUAAAAGAAGGAAGCGUCUGGCAUUUCUCGAUCUGUUGCUGGAAGCGUAUGACAAAGGGGAAAUUUCACGGGAAGGAGUUAGAGAAGAAGUGGAUACGUUUAUGUUCGAGGUCUGAAUGCUUGUGAUACUUGUGCUUUUGCUCGUUGUCUUUUGUUUUUGUCAUUAUUGGCGUCGAUGUUUUGCAUUUUGUUUCGGCUGUUAUAAUAUGUGACGAAAUUGAAAUACUCGGUCGCAUUAUAGAAAAGAACUUAGAGCAUACUUCUCACUCACCUACAACCUAGCCUGUGCAUAGACGUUUUUGUAUUUUUCUUUUUGAAAAUCGACGAGCGCGGAGCGCUUCCCCACCCCCCCCCCCUUGCGCUAGCGGUCAAUAAAUCCCCCCCCCCCCCGAUUUCAUUUCCAUACGCGCGCACGAUUAUCUCUAAAGAGAAAAUAGAAGGUCUACGAACAGGCUACCUACACCCAUGACGUGAUAAUCAGGCCCCUCUUUUUCAAACGGUGAAUAACUAUAUCCCCUGGAUUAUUCAUCAUUCACUUAAUGAAGCAAUUGGUUUUCCUCAUACUAAUCCACUGGAUGUUAAUUUAUCCGGUGGUAGCGCUGUCCAACUUUGGAACAAUUGGGACCAGAUCAGAAAUAAAACAAGGCCCAACAAAACUUAAUUGGCCACAGAAACGUAACUAUAACUUUCACUUAGAGUUGAAGUUAAAAAAGCCUUCUAACGUCCGCACAGUGUGUCUAAAUGAGACUCAUAUUUACCGACUGUCCUAUUAGUGAGGGGUAGUGUGACGUCAUGGUACCAUAGUAGCAAAAUUUCUGGAUUUUCAACAAUCUUUCUUGAAAAAGACGGCAUUUGCAUUGUCAACAGUUCGUGGAGAUCCAGAAAUUUUGCUACCAUGGUAACAUGACGAAACGACUUCCCCUCUCUAUUCAGGACUCGGCCCAUAUUCAAUCCAUUAACCCUUUAAGCCCCAAUAUCCACAAACAAAUUCUCUAAACUGAUCUCUAUACAUUUCCUUACAGAAUUAGUUGGGAGAAAUUAAUAAAAGAUCAGAGAUUUUUCUUUUUGUGAUCAUUUGAUUAACUCUCAUAGAUGUUGCACUUGACAAUCUAUGGAUAUUGUUAGGAGAAAAUUGACGUUGGUCACUAUUGGGAUUUAAAGGGUUAAAAUAUUACUUGACAAUGUUUACUUGAGUGAGCAACUGAUCAUCAGCCAAGGUUCCGAGGUUAUGCAAGUCUCCAGGGACAUCCUUUAAUCGCCUUUCUGUUCGUUUAAGGGUCAUGACACCACAGCUGCCGGUAUUUUGUUUGCCUUAUACCUCCUUGGGCGCCAUCCAGAAAUUCAGCAAAAAGUACAGGAAGAGGUGGAUCUGUUUUUCGGUGAGGGAAAAUCAAGAGUAAGAAGUGUGAAUACUGUUCAAAAGUAAAGUCUGCGAUUAUUGUCUAAUUGAAUCGAUGUUUUACAGACCGUCGCCCUGAAACACUGUCGGUGGAUGAUUUAAAGGACUUGCGUUACCUGGAAUGUGUUAUUAAGGUACUGAAAUUAAUAUUUCAUUUUUUUUUUUUUGAGUUGUGAGAUUAAUAGAAAGUGGGAGUCUGCCGUAAUCCAAAGACUGGUUUUCCUCGAUUAUUUUGAAUGAUCAAGGUAGCUCAUCUGGGCACGAUAAAACCAGUCAACCUAUCUGUCAGGCAAUUGCCGCGGUAGCCCAAAUAGUGCAGAUCACCUCCAUCGCCUGAACACAUCUUGAGACAACUCGGGCCAUCGAAGAUAAUCCGGACGAUUAUAUAAAAACGGUCCGAUAAUAUCCUCCUUGACAGGCACUUAUAUUCCAAGCAAGGCGCAAUGGGCAUUUCGCACGAACCGCUCAUGUCACGAAAUGCGCCGUUCGCCUCGCUUGGUUAAUAAAGCGCCUGUCAUGGAGGAUAGCCUAUAUAGACUUAAGAUAUACCAAUCAUGCAAAUUGUCCCUCGUUGCAGCUAGAGUUGUUUUGCGAUCGCCUGAAGGAAUUUUGAGACAAUACGGGCGAAAAUUUAGAGCUUCGGCGAUACUUGCCAUCCACACAUUUUAACCUUAUUACUUAUGUUAAUUUCCAGGAAGUCCAGCGGAUAUUUCCAUCUGUUCCACAUUUUGCUAGAAAGACUACUGAAGACUGUCAAUUGGGUAAAUAAUGUUACUAUGUCUUCCUUUCGACCUGCAAGCUGGGGACAACUUAACUGAGAGCCUGGGUGGGGAGGGUGGAUCUCCUUUGUAGAAGCUCUAGCUUGCAAAUGUCUAUGAAGCCAAGCAAUAAAGUCUCUAGCAGUUCUAAAAGUAUCGACCCUAAGCAAGGUUAUUCAUGCUAUGGUGAGAGGUCAUGUGACGAGGAAAUGACGUCAUGAUUUAAGUUGACUACCAUAUAUCAGAUUCACCAACCAGGGGAUCCAGUAGGUCAGGGCACUGGCCACAAACAUGCCAAAAUUAACAUCACUUAAAAUGAUCUUACGUAAACAGCGCGCCUUUCCCUUUUCCGCGAGCACACUCCAAGUGCCUGGGGCCCCGAAUUCCCCUUACCCCUAACAUCAGAAAGAAAAAAGUGCCCACGCAUGCACAGGCUAUAGCAUCGACAAUUUAGGAAAAGAAAAAGGAUAAUUCAAAUUUCCUUAAAUUGUAGGUGAAUAUUUCGCUCCGAAAGGCACAACGGUUGGGGUUUCACCAAUGGCUCUUCACAGAAACCCGGAAAUAUGGCCAGCACCGUUGCAAUUCAAUCCAGAUCGCUUCCUUCCAGAAAACAGCCAAGGGAGACAUCCAUUUGCUUUUCUUCCAUUUUCAGCAGGACCGAGAAACUGCAUCGGUAGGAUAUUAACAUUUAUAAAAUAGACGGUUAUUAAAACACGCAAAGAGGUUUAAUUUCGUCAUGCCAAAAUUAUAAUCCAAAAGGACAGCUAACGUCUUCCACUAGAUAAUCCAGCCUUCCCUCCUUGCUCCUCGCCGUUCGCAUGUGAGACGUCUUUGCUUCAGCGACAGAAAUUCCAUACUGAUGACGUCAAUUGAUGUUUACAUACCGUAAUUAAUCAAUCCGGUGGUCAUGGGUUUCCAAAUAUAAAUUUGAUUGAUUUUUUGUUUCUCCAGGUCGAUUAAGGUAAAGUAUGGUGUUCUUCUACGAACGAGCUCCUGCAAAACUCAGUUGUUUAAUUCUCUUAAAAGAAGAAUAUAUUCCACGAAUAUUGACUGUUUUGAAGUAGAUUCAUCGUGUUCUCAUUUGACCUUUAGCCUUUUGUCUGUCAUUCUUAAACUGAUAGCUAAAAAACAAUAGAACUACUUCUUCGCCGACCUAUCAGAGCUUCAGACCAGAUUCCAGAUUCCAGAUAGAUUUUACGUCAUCAGUACGGAAUUUGUGUCGCUGAGACGCAGACGUCUCUACUGCGAAACCUCCCUAGCGGCAAGGAGUGACGAGAGACGUCUGUAAUCACAGGCUAUCAUAAGUACCUAGAGUCGUCGCCUUACAAGGCGGAGCGUCGGUUAAGAGGGAUUCGCGACUGUAUUUUCUUUCUUCCUUACAGGUCAGCGGUUUGCCCUCAUGGAAGAAAAGAUUGUGUUAUCUCAUGUUCUGCGCUCCUUUAACGUGGAGUCCACACAGACUUUUGAUGAACUUUUGACAUGCGCGGAGCUUAUUACCCGACCUAAAGAAGGACUAUUCGUCACAUUAGGAAAACGCCAGUAA